GGUGCAAUUAAAAUAACCAGAGGUGUGGGGUACGUAGCAUGGACAACAAACAACAAUUUGAAGAACUUCAAACGAGAUUCAAACACGAGACAUAAAAUACCACGUGAAGAGCAAUCUCAUAUGCCUUUGUUUGAUUUACAACCGUGAAGCCGCCUGAUUUUGUCGCGCGCAAGAGAAGUCCUUUUACGCAUGAGUGACCACAGCCUACGUGACUUUCCUGCAGGAGCUGUAUGAUUCAGCAGUUAUCGCUGCAGCGACACUGUCAGUGGUGUUUCAGUAGCUGGGCUCUGGUGAUUUCCCGAACUUGAGGAAGAUUAAGAAGAAAAAUAGUUACUAUGGCAGAUAUUAAAGAGAAAUUAACGUCUGUUUUGGAUAUCGAUGGAACUUCAUUCAAAUACAUUGAUUUGCCGAGGAUUACUUCUGAAGAUGUUUAUAAUCGACUUCCAUUUUCUGUUAGAGUAUUACUCGAAUCAGCUGUUCGAAAUUGCGAUGAAUUCCAAGUUAAGAAAUCAGAUGUUGAUGCAAUUGCAUCGUGGGAGAAAACAUCCAAGAUCACGACAGAGGUCAAGUUUAAACCAGCACGAGUGGUUCUUCAAGAUUUUACUGGAGUACCGGCUGUCGUAGAUUUUGCUGCGAUGCGAGAUGCAGUCCAGUCACUUGGUGGCUCUCCUGAUAAAAUUAAUCCAGUCUGUCCUGUCGAUCUCGUCAUUGAUCACUCAGUGCAAGUGGAUUACAAUCGUUCAUCUGAUGCUGCUCGGAAAAAUCAAGAAAAAGAAUUUGAGAGAAAUUCUGAAAGAUUUUUGUUUUUGAAAUGGGGAGCCCAAGCAUUCAAAAACAUGACAAUAGUACCGCCUGGAUGUGGUAUAGUUCAUCAAGUCAAUCUAGAGUAUCUAGCCAGAGUAGUGUUCGACAUGGAGGGAUGGUUGUACCCUGAUAGUUUAGUCGGAACGGACUCGCACACCACAAUGAUUAACGGACUUGGUGUGCUCGGCUGGGGCGUUGGAGGAAUUGAAGCAGAAGCCGUCAUGCUCGGUCAAGCAAUUAGUAUGGUGCUCCCUCAAGUGGUAGGAUACAAGAUAUCAGGAAAGAUUGACGCUUUGGCUACUUCAACUGAUGUUGUUUUGACGAUAACAAAGCAUCUAAGAGGUGCAGGCGUCGUUGGAAAAUUUGUGGAAUUCUUUGGUCCCGGAGUCGCAGCCUUGUCAAUAGCAGAUCGUGCUACUAUAUCCAAUAUGUGUCCGGAGUACGGAGCCACUGCUGGCUAUUUUCCAGUUGAUGUGAAAAGUAUUGAAUACUUAAAGAAAACAGGCAGAGACUCAAAAAAGGUUGAGAUGAUUGAGAAAUACUUACGACAAGUAAAAAUGUUCAGAGAUUUCACGAAUGAGAAUGAAGAUCCUGUGUUUUCUCAGAUACUCGAGCUUGACUUGGCAACAAUCGUACCGUCACUAUCAGGACCGAAACGUCCCCAUGACAGAGUAUCUGUUUCUGAAAUGAAGAAAGAUUUCAAAGAAUGUCUUGUGAACAAGGUCGGCUUUAAAGGUUUUGGCCUUCCGUCAGAAAAAUUAUCGACUCAAGUUCCGUUCACUUUUGAGAAGCAAGAAUUUACCAUGAACCAUGGGAGUGUUGUUAUUGCUGCCAUCACAUCUUGUACUAAUACUAGUAACCCGACAGUUAUGCUGGGCGCAGGAAUGCUUGCCCGCAAUGCAGUACAAAAAGGACUCAAGGUAGCUCCAUACAUCAAAACCAGUCUUUCUCCUGGUAGUGGAGUGGUGACGUAUUACUUGGAAGAUAGCGGUGUUCUUCCUUACCUGACCAAACUAGGAUUUGAUGUAGUUGGAUACGGCUGCAUGACUUGCAUAGGCAACAGUGGUCCAUUACCUGAACCUGUUGAAGAAGCAAUUGUCAAGGGAGAGCUGGUGUGUUGUGGCGUACUUUCAGGAAACCGCAACUUUGAGGGUAGAAUUCAUCCCCACACGCGAGCGAACUAUCUUGCUUCUCCUAUGCUAGUGGUUGCAUACGCUAUUGCAGGAACGGUUGAUAUCGACUUCCAAACGGAACCUAUCGGUCGCAAUGAAGAUGGGCGAGCGGUGUAUCUUCGAGAUAUUUGGCCGACACGAAAUGAGAUUCAAGAGGUUGAAAAACAAUUUGUUUUGCCAAAGAUGUUCACAGAAGUGUACGGAAAAAUAACGACUGGAACAGACCAAUGGAGAGCGCUCAGUGCACCAUCUAGUGUCCUAUACCCAUGGAGAGACGACUCAACAUAUGUGAGGUCACCUCCAUUCUUUAAAACAAUGACUCGUGACCUCCCCUCAUUUGAACCAAUCAAAGACGCAAACGUUCUUUUAUUCCUCGGAGAUAGCGUCACUACUGAUCACAUCUCACCAGCAGGCUCCAUCAGCAGAACUUGCCCUGCAGCCAGAUACCUUGCUCAAAGAGGGUUGAAACCUAAGGAUUUUAAUUCCUAUGGAAGUCGUCGUGGUAACGAUGAGAUCAUGGCAAGAGGUACAUUCGCCAACAUCAGAUUGAAGAAUAAAUUGAUCGGUAAAGAAGCCCCAAAGACUAUCCAUGUUCCUUCAGGAGAAGUGAUGGACGUGUUCGAUGCCGCCAUGAGAUACAAGGAUGAAUCCCGUCAGCUAAUUAUCAUAGCAGGAAAAGACUAUGGAAGUGGAUCGAGCAGAGAUUGGGCUGCUAAAGGUCCAUGGAUUCUGGGAGUUCGUGCAGUCAUAGCAGAAUCAUUCGAGCGAAUCCAUCGUUCAAAUCUUGUUGGCAUGGGAAUAGUUCCGCUUGAAUUUAAAUCAGGAGAAAAUGCCGAGUCGCUUGGUCUGACAGGAAAAGAACGAUUCAGCAUAAAUAUUCCAGAAGAUUUGACGCCAGGGGCUUCAGUUGCUGUUUUGAGCGACUCUGGUAAAGAAUUCAAAGCAAUUGUGAGAUUCGACACCGAUGUUGAACUUGAAUAUUUUAGGAAUGGAGGAAUUUUAAAUUAUAUGAUCCGGUCUAUGAUUGGUUGAAAACGGUCAUGCAUGAAUGAUUUAAAGAUUAAUUAUGUUAAUAUAGGCUUUGUACAAUUCUGCUUAUAUAUCUAAUCGUUGCUAUAAGUGCCAUCUUCAAGUUGCAAUACAAAUAUCUUGUUACAAUAUAUGAAAUAGGCCUAACUCCUGAGUAAGUGUUUCUCAAACUUUCAUGAUUUGCCGCCCCCUUUUCAAAGACUCUUUUAAAACGUGAUACCCCCAGAAGAAUACUUGGUUUAACUUUCAACAUGUUUCCAUCAGGGUCGUAGCCGGUUCGGGGAUUUUUGAAAUGUAAAAAAAAGCAUUUUACUGUAUCAUAUUUCGUUUCCAUGACAGCUGCGAAAAAACAUGCCGAUCAUUAAAAAUUUUCCAUUUUUUAUAAUUUUUCGCUUAAUCAACCAAGUCUAAUAUAGAAAUUCCGAGAAUGAAGAAAAUCCGCGGAAGAAAAUACGCUUUCUUGUCCCGAUAGUCCGUAAACUGAGAAAGCUUCAGAAACUUUAGUGAACGUAUCGCGCGAAGAUAACUACCAGAUGUACAGCGCUCAAAAUGAACUGGCACUUUUGGUACAAUUUUCGGUAGUCCCGUAGUAUAUGUACCAGGUUAGGGUUAGGCCAUAAUUUUAUUCCGAUUUCCCUUAUUUUAGUUCCAUCACGAGUUCGGGGACUGUGUGAACGGGAACCAGGUGAAUUAUACCCCCUGUCCAUAGGUUUCCAUCCCUUUACAAAACUUGAGGUGAAGUAGACAAACAAAAUGAGAUACCUCUGUAUUGGUACAUACACUUUUGGAGCGCCCAUUUUUCACUGCACAAUAUUGCUGGCGGGCGGAUAUCCCUGCAUUGACGGGGAUCUAUACUGGGCGCCUACCGGCUUGUUUUUAUCACUUUUGAAAAAAAUAUAUUUGAAGUGCGAUGUAUGGUCCGUAAAAGGUUCUCCCGAAAUAUACAACCUGAACUUAG